AUGGCGCUUGAAAUAUUAGAUAAUCUUGGAAAUACACCAUGUUCUAUUCCUUGCAGUGAAUCGUUUGCAAAUAUCACGAGCUGUCAAAAAACUGUUUGCAAUGCGGCUAAGAAAAUGGAUAAAUGCAAACGAUCAUGCGAAUAUUUGCGAAGGAUAUAUGCAGAAAAACCAGGAAUUUGUCCGGGAUCUACAAAACUGGUCGCAACAGAUGAAUGCUCUGCAUCAUGUCACUUAGAUGGUGACUGCUUAGAAACUAAAAAAUGUUGUACUAUCGGAUGCAGUAGACAUUGUUGGAAACCUAUUAGUCACGAUCGUCAUCUAAUACCAAUACCCACAACGAUAACUGUCCAGGAACGAAAACGAAAAAGAUCAGUUAUCGUGCGAUGGAUUAUUCAACAGAUAUCGCGAGAGCAAAUGGCAACCAGUUCAAAUUUAUACGUGCUUCAGUGGAGGUGGAGUAUUCACAAAAAUGAAGAUACAAUGACUGAAUGGCAAACUAUUACUGUGGUAUGGUGA